UAUGAUCGACCAAUAAAUACUUGUAUCCUUAACCUUUCAAUUUCUAGCUAGAACCUAAAUCCUCGGUCGUGAGCACAAACUGGUACGAUGGACUCUGCACUUCGUCUCCAUCGUAGUGCUCUACGCAUUCCUUCCACCACUAGCCGUGCAGCCGGAUUAGCAAGGCCUUAUUCCAGUUUCAGACCUUCUUCUCUUUCACUUUUUUCAAAGGCUUCCACAUACCGCACCCUAUCGCGAGACACCUUCAGUUGUCCUGUGAUAUGUGCACUAAACAAACCCUCGCCACCUUCGCCAAACUACUACAAAGACAAUGGUAAAAAAAUUGUGAUAGUGGUGGGGGGUGCUUCUGUAGUUUUGGCUUGUGUCCUUGGAGUCAUCAACAACAACUUCAAUUUCAGUCCCACAGCCAUGGCAGGCUCCCGGGAUUCGUCCAAACAAGAAAGUGCAGUGGGACCAGUCGUGAAUAGGCCGAGUGACGUGUUGGAUUCAUUGUUGAAGGUGAACAGACAUAUAGCCACAUCCAAGAGUACAUGGAGAAUCCGGACACCGCAGCUGUAUGUUCCCCCGGAACCUAAAGAUUAUAAUCCUGACAAUCUUAAGAUUACAGUAGCGGAGUUAAUCAAGUCCGGGAAGUGCGAUGUGGCAGAGACGCAACUUAGAAGUUUAUGCAGAACGGGGGGUGAAGUUGGAAACGAUGUGGAGAUGAAUUUGGUACUAGUUCUCAUUUUCCAGGGAAAAUACGAAGAGGCUUUGGAACGUGGUUGUCUCAGUGGUGGUCCCAUGGUUGAGUCGGAUGGUCGAGUUCAUUUUUACAAGGCUAUUAUAUACACCAUGCUGGGUCGGGAUGAUGAAGCCAAGACAUCCUGGAAUAGAUUUUUGGAAUCCUAUUCCAAUCCACUAUCGCAGCUAGACUACUCUGAGGUUGUGACCCCAAAGUCUCGAAGACCCCCACGCUGAUACCUUUUAUUUAUCGGGUGAUUGGUACACUCAAAGUGCAGGUUGUGCAUCCAAAGUCUCCAAGAAACCUACCUGAUACCUUUUAUUUAUUGUGUGAUUGGUACACAAAGUGUAAUGUUUUCCCCUACAUCUAGCCCCAACUUGCAUUAGUUUCUAUUCCCUAUAAAAUUGAUCGCAUGCAGUUUCUUUCCUCUGAAUAAUUGAUGAAUAUUGUUAAAAA